UGAGCACGUGACUAACAAUUCUCUUGCAAAAAGCAAUGCAAAAAAAAGCCUGAGCUUGCAAAGGGAAAGGAAUUCAGUUUUCUCCCAUUUCCUGUCGUUUGGAGGAUUAAUUUCGGAUUUUAAAAAACAGCAAAUACGUUUCGAAGGAAGAAAAAAUAUCCCGCUUUUAAAGAAAGAGCCUUUUAUGUCUGUUUUGGAAGGUGAGAUGUGAACUUAGAAGGAAGAUUUCCAGCAAAGAAAGUGUGGCACUGCUUCUGAAUAAAAUGUCAAUGGAUGUGACUUUCCUGGGGACGGGGGCUGCUUAUCCGUCUCCAACUAGAGGUGCCUCUGCUACAGUUGUUCGCUUCGAAGGAGAGUGCUGGCUGUUUGAUUGCGGUGAAGGGACGCAGACCCAGUUCAUGAAAAGUCAACUGAAAGCAGGAAGAAUUACCAAGAUCUUUAUCACUCAUCUUCAUGGAGACCAUUUCUUUGGUUUGCCUGGACUUCUCUGCACAAUCAGCCUCCAGAGUGAUCCUGCCGCAAACAAGCUUCCGGUUGAUAUUUAUGGACCGCUUGGACUGCGGAGCUUUCUUUGGAGAAUUAUGGCGCUGUCUCACUCCCAGCUCGCAUUCCCUUACGUUGUGCAUGAACUGGUGCCCACGCCGGAUCAGUGCCCUGAAGAAGAACGCAAGGAGCUGUCUUUUGUGUACAGAGAUGACGCCGUGCCUGAAGGAACGCCAGGGAGAACAGUUUACUUCGAUCCCACUGAUGAUUCGUAUCCCUUGGUAGACAAUGAACAGUUUGUGAUGAAGGCGUUCAGACUAUUUCAUCGCAUCCCUUCCUUUGGGUUCCUGGUGGAAGAGAAGCUGCGGCCAGGCAGGCUCAAUGUGCAGAAGCUGAAGGAACUGGGAGUUCAGCCCGGCCCUAUGUAUGGCAAACUGAAAGAAGGUAUCACAGUUGUCCUAGAAAAUGGAACCACAAUUUCUCCGUCGGACGUCUUAGAAGAACCUCUUCCUGGAAGGAAAAUUUGCAUUUUAGGAGACUGCUGUGGUAUGGUUGGAGAAGGAGCUGCAUCCCUGUGCCACGGAGCUGAUAUCUUGGUUCACGAAGCCACGCUAGAUGAUAGCCAGAUGGACAAAGCCAAGGAACAUGGGCACAGCACUCCGAAAAUGGCGGCAGAGUUUGCAAAGCGGUGUAAAGUCAAGAGUCUGGUUCUGUCUCAUUUGAGUCAGAGGUAUAAGCCCACCAGUCAGGUUGGUGCCGGAGACCUGGAUGUCUUAGAACUGAAGAGGCAAGCGGAGUUGGUGCUGGACGGGCAAGAGGUCGUGCUGGCAGAAGACUUUAUGACCAUAGCUGUUCCACUGAAAAAAACAAAAUAGCACAACUUGACUCCAAAACAGGAGAAAUUUCCUGAAACAAGAUUCUUUUUCGCAGGUACAUGGUGUAUGUUUACAACAGAGUUGCAUUCCACAUUUGUUUUGUAAUGCUAGGUUGAAAGGGAUUGGUUGAGGGCACAUAGGACUAAGCGAUGGAUCUAUCUUCUUAGUAUCAAUUUCUACACUUCUUUGGAAUCCUUAGUAGUAUGAGAAUGAUUGAAAUUUCCCCAUGGGCUUUAGAAGAACAUAUUUGUUCUGCAUAAUGUUUAACACCAACUCUUAUUUCAUCAACUCGGAACUUAUUGAAUUAAGGCUGUGCUGUUUGGGAGUAACAAACCUUACUGUUGAGUAAAUAUACACAGGGAUUGGGCUAUGGAGAUUCCUAGAGAGACCAUAUUAAUCAAAUCUGCAAAAAUUAAUAUUAUGAAUAAUAUUUCUAUAACUUUAAAGCAUAGGUCCUUUUUAUUGCAAUUUUACAAUAAUAAUAAUAAUAAUAAUAACAACAACAACAACAACAGCAACAAUACUCUGGGUGGAUCAUAGUUUAUAUACGCAGCAAACAUUUAAUGCCAUUUGGACAGACAGGACAGAACAGACAGAAAGGAGACAUGUUGUGUUGACAUCCAGCUUUCUGUGCUCAAAUCCAGCCGUGGGGGUGGGUGGGUGGGUGCUUUCGAUCCAUUCUCUAUGACGAAGCGCCAUCAGGUCUUCCUCCUUCUGUUUGGUCACCAGCAUUUUCUGGUCUUUUUCUUUUAUGGUGUCAUAAAAUACCUCCCCCGCUUUUUAGUAGUACCUAAUUUCUCUACUUACAGCUCUAAGCUGUUUUUGAACUGCUUAGGUAAACAGUGAGCUGGGCUGACAGUCAGGUGCUCACUCUGACCUGGGCUUUGAACUGGCAAACUUUCAGUUGGUAGAUCUUAUUGCUGUUGGUGGUGAUUUAGCAGUUGUUCUAUAGCCUGGGCCAGUAAGAGAAAGUGUAUCAAAACCUUUACAGUUUUACACAAAGAACAACAUUUAGACAUGCUAACAUACAUACAGACAUGCUAACAUACAUUGAAUCCACAAACAACCUACAGUUAUAUUGGUUAACAAACAAAGGGGAAAUACAUUUUUACUCUGCAUUCGCAUUAACCAUACAUAUUCAUUCAUCCUCAUGCAUCCAAAUAAUACCUUCUCCUUUCUCUCUCCUUGGAAAAGCACCUGCUUAAGCCAGACCCUGCUUUCCCUGCAGCCAACAGACAGUUCCAAAACUUCCAGAAAGCCAUAACACAAUGCCAAGGAUCAGAUCCGUUUUCCCUACAGCAGGAACUGACUCACUGCAAAUGUAUCAGGACUCCAAAAUUACACUCCUUUCUCUUCCCAUGAGAAAAGGAGGCAAGGACCAGACUGUGUUCCAUUGCAGAUCUGCCACUUCCAAAGGUACACCAUCUCUUUCCUUCCCAUGGAGAAGAGCAUGGCGGGUGGACCAGACUCCUCCAAUCUGCCACAAUUUUAGAAAUAUUAGAAGGUCUCUUAUAUAGUAAGAUUUCUUGCUGAUGUUGUUCCAAAGUUGUAAAUAAAUGAUAGAUGUUUUUCCAGCCUGAAA